AUGGGUAAUCGGGAAUCAAAACAUGCCGAAUCGCAUAUUCGAAUUGUACUGGGAGGCAGUCUGGCUGAAGGUUAUCACGAUACAAAAUUUAUGACAGGUGAUGCAUUGUACGAAUAUGACUGUAUCUAUGUUCUUGAGCAAGAAAUUCAAUAUGAAACACAGUUACAACCUGUGGAACAAGUAUUAGGUUAUUUCAAAAUUUUCUGGACUAAUCGGCUAUUUCCUCGUUUUCAGCACGAUAAUGGGUUUCUGGACGGUUAUGACUUAAAAAAGGAAAUUUGUUCAAUAAUUGAUAAACAGAAAAAUCGUCCACUAUCACUGCAAGUUUCAAUUGACAACGCAUCGAUCUGCAUCCAAGAUCGCUGUUACUACGAUUAUGACGAAAAUGUAUUCGAUAAAAUUAAUCAGUAUCGCACGACACUGAAGUUGAGAGAUUAUGCUAUUGCUGAAAGAAAUUUAAAAUUGUUUACAAAG